AUGUCUUCCUCCUCAUCAAGCCACGAGGACGAGCGACGUGCUGAAGAAUUUUCCAAUCUUGUGCAAGAAUUUAACCAAAUUGUUCAAGAUAUUGGUGAUCCAGAUGAGGAACCUCGUCGUCGGCGACAAAGUGUGGCAAAGAAGGCCUACAUUCGUCCGGACCAUGAAGCCGACGCUCUACGUUUGCACGCGGAUUACUUUGAUGAAAAUCCGGUCUACCCCGACAACAUCUUCCGCCGUCAAUUUCGGAUGCGUCGUGCAUUGUUUUUGCGUAUCGUUAAUGCCGUCACAUCCGAUCCAUACUUCCAACAACGCACGGAUGCACUUGGGAGACCCGGCUUCACACCGUUACAGAAAUGCACAGUUGCUGUUCGUAUGCUAGCUAACGGUGGGGCAGCGGACCAGUACGACGAAUAUCUUCGGAUUGCAGAGUCCAUCUCGUUGGAGUGCUUGCGCAGAUUCUGUCGAGCCAUUAUUAACCUCUUCGGCGCGAAAUACUUGAGGAAGCCAACUUCUGUCGACUGCCAACGUCUUCUAGCAAUGCACGAGGCGAAGCACAGCUUCCCGGGAAUGCUAGGGAGCCUCGAUUGCAUGCAUUGA